AUGGCUUUUAGGUUCGUCGUUCCAUAUUUGACUUUCACGCUUUUCGUUGCCUCCGUCCUGGCGGCGCAAGAUGCUCCGGCGCCGUCGCCCUGGCUGUGGGCGGGACACAACCACAUGGCUCCGGUGCCAUCUCCAUGGGUGGGCCAUCAGUACACGGCUCCGGCGCCGGCGCCGGCGACUGAAGAAGGGCCCCACCACAGCAUGCCUCCUACGCCGCCGCCUGCAGUGCGCAACAGCCACAGCAUACCUCCUACGCAUCCACCUGCAGCGGGCAACAGCCCCGGUGUGGCUCCGGCGCCGCCUCCCUCUGCCGCCUUCGGUUAUUCUCCGUCUGCGGUUGUUGGGUUUAUCGCCUUGGUGGUUCCUUUCUUGGGGGAGAUCGUUAAAAGAAUUUAA